UCUUCUUUUUCUUACUAUUUGUUUUUAGGCUUUUAGAGAGAGAAAGAGGAAGACAAAGGAGAGAGAGAGACGGAGGAGAAUAAAUUAUUAGAUAUUUUAGUUAUCGCCAUCUCACCGUAUAUCGGCAAAACUAUUAGGGUUUCAAUUUGCGUCCGUCAUCGUCGUCUCUAGGGUACUUUCCCUUUAUUUCUCUCCCCCUCCCCCUUCACGCCCGCAUUCGGCCGUGUUCUUUGCUUAUUCUUCGUCUUUCUUGACUCUUCCUUGUGCAAAAUUAGAUUCUUCUUUUGGUUCGAGAUACGCGUUGUUGACUUGAAUUGUUGGAGACUUCAAGAAGGAUUAUUCGGCAUCGAUUUAGGAUUUCAUCUGCAAAGAUUCAAAGCCCUGGUUUUAGUUCAGGAUUCCCAGAUUUCUUCUGAAAAACAACCCUGAAUUCCUGUUUGGCUAUGCGUUCUUCAUGGGCUGAUUCUGUAGCUGCAGCUGAUAAUGCUGCGGCUGGGGCUUCUGCUAACAAUGGGGUUGUAGGUAGUACAACUUCUGCACCUCAACGUUCUGCCUAUGUUCCUCCUCAUCUCCGCAAUCGUCCCCCUUCUUCUGAGUCUGCACAAGCUCCAGGAACAGGCUAUGGUGGCCCUGCAUCUGGGUAUGGUGGUCCUGCAUCUGGGUAUGGUGCUCCCUCUGGUGGGAGCCGUUUUGGGAAUCCUAGGAAUGAUUACGGUCGAUCUGGUUAUGGUGGUGGCGGCCGUGGUGGUGGUGGAGGCUGGGAUCGGGGAAGGGACCGUGAGGUUAACCCAUUUGCAGAAGAAGAUAAUGCUGAACCAGAUGUUUCUGAUGAUCAAAACACUGGAAUAAACUUCGAUGCUUAUGAAGAUAUUCCUGUUGAAACUAGCGGUGAUAAUGUUCCUCCGCCUGUGAAUACUUUUGCAGAGAUAGACCUGGGGAAUGAACUUAAUGAGAAUAUAAGGAGGUGCAAGUAUGUGAAACCUACCCCUGUUCAACGUCAUGCAAUUCCAAUCUCCCUUGCAGGACGAGAUCUGAUGGCUUGUGCUCAGACUGGAUCGGGAAAGACAGCUGCCUUUUGUUUCCCGAUUAUUAGCGGAAUUAUGAAGAGUCAGGUUGCUCACAGACGGCCCCGUGGUCGUGUUGCUUUCCCGCUCGCUCUUAUCCUUUCUCCAACCAGGGAACUGUCUAUGCAAAUUCAUGACGAGGCUAAGAAAUUUGCGUAUCAAACCGGUGUUAAGGUUGUGGUUGCUUAUGGUGGAGCACCUAUCAAUAACCAGCUGCGGGAAUUGGAGAGAGGUGUUGAUAUACUUGUUGCAACACCUGGGCGGUUGGUGGAUUUGCUGGAAAGAGCAAGAGUUUCAUUAGAGAUGAUCCACUAUUUGGCUUUGGAUGAAGCGGAUAGAAUGUUAGACAUGGGUUUCGAGCCUCAAAUAAGAAAAAUUGUUGAACAGAUGGAUAUGCCUCCACCAGGUGUUAGGCAGACAAUGCUUUUCAGUGCCACAUUUCCUAAAGAAAUACAGAGGUUGGCUUCAGAUUUUCUUUCAGGAUACAUUUUUCUGGCUGUUGGAAGAGUUGGAUCAAGUACUGAUUUGAUCGUUCAAAGAGUGGAAUUUGUUCACGAGUCUGACAAGAGAAGCCAUCUUAUGGACCUCUUACAUGCACAAAGGGCCAAUGGCACACAAGGGAAGCAAUCUCUAACUUUGGUUUUUGUGGAGACAAAGAAAGGAGCUGAUGCAUUAGAACACUGGUUGACCAUGAACGGUUUUCCCGCUACUACUAUUCAUGGCGACAGAACACAACAGGAAAGAGAACAGGCUCUGAGAUCCUUCAAAAGUGGCAACACCCCAAUUCUUGUUGCAACGGAUGUAGCUGCUCGAGGUCUGGACAUACCCCAUGUUGCCCAUGUGGUGAACUUCGACCUUCCAAACGACAUUGAUGAUUACGUCCACCGAAUAGGACGAACAGGGCGUGCUGGGAAGUCGGGUCUCGCCACUGCCUUCUUCAACGAUAACAACACUUCCCUCGCAAGGUCUUUAUCCGACUUAAUGCAAGAGGCCAAUCAAGAAGUUCCGGCUUGGCUUUCGCGCUAUGCUGUCAGAUCCACAUUUGGAGGAGGGAAGAAUCGUCGCUCAGGCGGCGGUGGUCGGUUUGGAGGCCGCGAUUUCAGGAGGGACUCCGGUUAUAACAACAGGGGUGGCGGAGGAGGCGGUGGUGGUGAUUACUAUGGUGGUAGUUCGGGCGGGUAUGGUGGUUCGACUGGCGGAGGUUACAGUGGUGGUGGUGGUGGAGGAGGUGGAGGAUAUGGUGCAGGUGUUACCAGUGCUUGGGACUAAAUUGGUAAUUUAUGAUUAUGUCAAAAAAAUAUAGAGAUGAUGUUCUUUUGAUAUUUAGCCAAUUUGUCUCCCUUACUUAUAGUUUGUUUUAUUACUCUUUUUUGUUCAUUUUAAUUUUAUUCCAGACUUGGUUUAGAUCCCCCCCUUCCCUUUGGCUCUCUGUAAACCCUAGAUUUAUUAAAACUCUCGCAUUAUUAUGAUUUUAGGGGAUGAUGGAUGGAUAUUGGAUUUUGGAUAAAGAGAGAUUUUCAAAUCA